AUGCAAGCCGAAGCAUCAUGCGCCGUCUGCGGCGCACCGCCAUCCAAGAAAUGUCAACACGAAGACGAAAGACACUGGGCACUUAGACACGCUCGCGAAUGGAUAAUCCACACUUUCAACCAGAUGGUCGACAUCCGAAAACAACAAUACGAAGCACACCUAGCCACAGUACCAUACUUCGACCUCUACAAGAUAUACUCUGGACGCCCACCCAUCUCAGCACCUCAAAUGCACCAACUGCGCAUGCAAAUGGCGACUGCACAGAGCGCAUAUCAAAGAGGUAUAGAUGAGGAUUGGAAAAACAGUCUACAAAGAUAUCCAGAAGUGCUGGAUUACUAUUUCAAUCUCGUGGAGUUCAAGUUGCCGAAUGAGAAGAGUGUUGCGGUUCAGGAACCUGUGUUUGGUGGCGGAGUAGAUCCUGAGAUGAAGAGGAGGGAGUCGAAGGGGAGGAAGGGUAUGCCGCCGAUGCAGCCGCCGCCUAUGCCUGGUGAGGCUUUUAUGAUGCCACCGCCGGGAGGGCCGUAUCGCAUGGCAGGCCCAGGUCCGGGUCGAAUGUUGUGA